AUGCAAAGCAAACGUGUUAUAGCGUCGUGUGCUAUACGCAGAUACGUAACCACUCUUUCUCACAAGUGCCAACAGAAAAGCUUACAGCCCACUCUGCCCCUGGACUUUUGCUCCGUGAGCAACAAUGAUGUUUACUCACUGAACAGAAUAUUACACGACCUUGUGAAGUAUGGGUCUUUAACCUCUGCACUCCACCUGUUUGAAGAAAUGCCUAAACGUGAUGUGGUUACAUGGAAUAUUAUGAUUUCUGGAUAUAGUCAUUAUGGGUUUCCAAGAAAAUCAGUGUACUUGUAUAAUAAAAUGGUUUCUCAAGGUAUCAGGGAGAACUCGUCCACUUUUUCCUUUAUAUUGAGCAUAUGUGCUAACGCAGGUUUAUACAAAGAAGGGCUUGAGAUUCUCAGUAGAGUAGUUGUAUUGGGAUUUAGUAUGAACUUAUAUAUUGCCAGUGCACUUGUUAAUAUGUAUAUACAAAUGGGUCUUACAGAUGUUGCUUUCAAAGUGUUUUAUGACUUACCAAAACGAAACUUACCUGUAUGGAACUUGGUUUUACGUGGAAUUUGUGAAGCGGGUAAGCCCAAUGAGUUCUUAAGAUUGUAUAGUGAUAUGAAGUUGGAAAAUGUGGAGCCUAAUGGGCUUACAUUUUGUUAUUUGAUUCGAGGUUGUUGUAUAGAGAGACUUAUUGACAAAGGCAGGGAGAUACAUUCCCUUGUGAUUAAGACGGGGUGGUUAGAAUCAAAUAUCUUUUUAGCUAAUGCAUUGGUGGAUUUUUACUCUGCUUGUGGCAUUUUGGUUGAUACAAAUAAAGCAUUUCAGAGUAUUCCACCUCAGGAUGUUAUUUCAUGGAAUUCAAUGGUUUCUAUUUAUGCUGCCAAUAAUUUGUUGCAUGAAGCUGUUCAAGUCCUAGAAGAGAUGAGAUUGUGGGACAAACAUCCAUCUGCUAUGUCUUUCGUGGCAUUGUUGAAUUUAUCAAGUCGCAGAAAGGAACUACUCUUUGGAAAACAAAUGCACAGUUUUGUUAUGAAAUUGGGCUUUGAUUAUGGAAAUGUCCUCAUUCAGUCGGCUUUGAUUGAUAUGUAUGGGAAAAAUGAUGACAUUGAAAAUUCGGUUUCUGUAUUCCAGAGCAACCCUAUAAGAAGUCUCGAAUGUUGUAAUUCAAUGAUGACAUCUUUGCUGCAUCUUGGUGUCCCCCAAGAUGUGUUUGAGCUGUUCAGUUGGAUGGUUUGUGAAAUAUUGCGUUUGAUGAAGUGA